AUGUCGAGGUUUGCAGCAGUACGGAUUGAUGGGCACAGCCAUUGCAUGCACCAUUCGGCAUUGCAACACGAGCUGCACAACCUGCCACAUGGCUUGGACGAGCCACAUGCGCCGCAAUACCACCACUCACUCGAGCAGAAGCAGGGGCAAGGCCAAGAGCAAGGCCGGGAGCAGAGUACACACACAGAAGACAGCGCUCGGGUGUCUUUGAUAAGAUCUCCAAAGCGCACGGCGUUUGAGGCGUCACCGGCACUACCAACGCAGGCUGACAAAGCCUCGCAGCAACAACAACAACAGCAGCAGCAGCAGCAGCAUGGAAUCGUGGGACCGGCCAAGCGGCCCAACCAGCGCAUCCACUCCGACAACGAGGCGCGCAGCGAUGACUUGACAGUCAAGACCAUGAGCAACAGCGAACCAAGCAUUCCGACGUCCUUCAGCACCCAUAGCAACAGCAGCACAGGCCAGGAUGCUGAUGAUGCCCCCAACGCUCAUCACGACGACGCCGACCGUGCUGAUGCGUUUGAGCAGGCAGCCAGCACGGACAACAACCACGUCGCGUUCGAUGUCCCGUUGGUGGCAUCUGUGCACGAGACCUGGCCGGCAAAGGACUACGAGCGUGCGCUGCAGCCCACGGACCUGUACAUCUGCAAAGGGUGCGGGUACUUUACGGACUGCGUGCAUUAUCGCUGCCGCACAUGUGCCGACUACGAUCUGUGCCCGGCAUGUUUUGAGGCCAUCUUCGACAACCACCAGCAGGAACCCAAGUGCCAGCACCCAAAGUCCUCCUUCAUGUACAUGUGUGAUGGCUUUGAUUGA